GUCCUCUCAGCCGCUGCUCUUUCUUCUCUCUCUCUCCCCUUCGUCUUCGUGAGUCGCCGAGAUCAAUAUGAGGGAGAUCUUGCACGUCCAGGGCGGGCAAUGCGGGAACCAGAUCGGCGCCAAGUUCUGGGAGGUGGUGUGCGCGGAGCACGGGAUCGACGCCACCGGGCGCUACGGCGGCGACUCCGACCUGCAGUUGGAGAGGGUGGAUGUGUACUACAACGAGGCCAGCGGUGGCCGGUAUGUGCCGCGCGCGGUGCUCAUGGAUCUGGAGCCCGGCACCAUGGACAGCAUUCGGUCGGGGCCAUACGGCCAGAUCUUCCGCCCCGACAACUUCGUCUUCGGCCAGUCCGGCGCCGGGAACAACUGGGCCAAAGGGCACUACACGGAGGGAGCCGAGCUCAUCGAUGCCGUGCUUGACGUUGUCAGAAAGGAGGCCGAGAAUUGCGAUUGCCUUCAAGGAUUCCAAGUUUGCCAUUCACUUGGAGGUGGAACGGGAUCUGGAAUGGGGACACUCCUGAUCUCUAAGAUAAGAGAGGAGUACCCUGAUCGCAUGAUGAUGACGUUCUCUGUCUUUCCAUCACCUAAAGUAUCUGAUACAGUUGUUGAACCCUACAAUGCUACUCUCUCUGUUCAUCAGCUUGUUGAAAAUGCCGAUGAAUGCAUGGUGUUGGAUAAUGAAGCUCUGUAUGACAUUUGUUUCCGUACUCUCAAGCUAGCAACUCCAAGUUUUGGUGAUCUGAAUCAUCUGAUAUCGGCUACUAUGAGUGGGGUUACUUGCUGUCUCCGAUUUCCUGGGCAGCUCAACUCAGACCUCCGAAAGCUUGCCGUUAAUCUCAUCCCUUUUCCUCGUCUUCACUUCUUCAUGGUUGGAUUUGCGCCCCUCACUUCUCAUGGAUCCCAGCAGUAUCGAGCCCUUACAGUUCCUGAGCUCACUCAACAAAUGUGGGACUCCAAGAACAUGAUGUGUGCAGCUGAUCCUCGCCAUGGACGUUAUCUGACUGCGUCAGCUAUGUUCCGUGGCAAAAUGAGUACCAAAGAGGUGGAUGAGCAGAUGCUGAACGUGCAGAACAAGAAUUCAUCUUACUUUGUAGAAUGGAUCCCUAACAAUGUGAAGUCAACUGUCUGUGACAUACCUCCAACUGGACUAAAGAUGUCAUCAACCUUUAUUGGAAAUUCAACUUCGAUCCAGGAGAUGUUUCGUCGUGUCAGUGAGCAAUUCACUGCCAUGUUCAGAAGGAAGGCCUUCUUGCAUUGGUACACUGGAGAGGGAAUGGAUGAGAUGGAAUUCACUGAGGCAGAAAGUAACAUGAAUGAUCUGGUAGCUGAAUAUCAACAGUACCAGGAUGCAACAGCUGAUGAUGUUGAAUAUGAAGACGAGGAGGAAGCUGAAUAUCAAGAGGAGGCUUGAUACUCACCUAUUAUAAUCCAUUCCAAUCUUUUUUAUUCUGUUCGAUAAAGCUUAGACCAUAUCAACUAUGUUUGUUUUUGUUUUGUGGCAUGAAUUAUUAACUACGAUCUAAAUGUCCUUGUUGAUGGUUUGGACCAUUGAAUUCAUGCAUUGAUUGUAUUUAUGAUUCUUAUUGUGUUAUGCAUGAUAACUAUUUUCAAAAUAUAUAUUCUAAAGUUUGCACA